CCACCUCUUUUGGGAGAAGGCUUGCUUUGGGAUUUCUCCUCUCAGUGGAGCGCCCCACCAUCUCUGUGCCGGCUGUCCUCCCUGCAGGCCGUGCAGGGUUUCCCCGCCCAUUGCCGGCGAAAGUGAAAGCAAGGCAGAAGGGAGGCUGCUGCUGGAUGGUGACAAAGGAAGAAAGGCCGAGCUCGGCGGGCGACGGAGGUGUUCGGGGGUCAUGGGCCGGACGGGGGCUUCGCCGCGGCUGCUGGUGCCGGCGGCGAUCGCGCUGUUGGUCCUGUUGCCGCCUUCAGAAGGAAAUUUGAAGUUGAGAGCAAGUAAAAGCCCAGUGGAAGUAAUCCUUAAUGAAAAUGGACUUCUCCAGUGUGAAAUUGCUAACCUUACUGGGAUCACAUUGAACCCAAAGAAUUUAGGCAUUUUAUGGGUUUUCAUUAGGGGUACUGAAAAAUUAAAUAUCUUUAUCUAUUCUGAUGGACAAAUAACAUCUCUAUGGAAAGAAGCUGAGCUGUCUGAAAAUGCCAUUCAAGAUGGAAACAUGUCACUGUUGCUGAAAAACAUUACAUUCAAACAUUCUGGAGAAUAUCAGUGUGAGGUUGUUAUUCCACCAAAUGAUAAAGACUCUCUGAUGGUAAAGCUUGAAGUUUUAGCACGACCCACAGUGACUGUUGUUUCAGAAAAGGUUGUGGAAGUUGGCAAUGGUGGAGAGAUGGUCUUGGGUUGUCAGUUGAAUGGAUAUUAUCCUUGUGAAAGCAAAACGGAAUGGUUUCAGUCAAACCCAUCACAAGCGAAAACAAAACUGUUAACUGAUAUAUGCAUCGCCCCACCAAUCAAAAAUCCUGAUGGAACAUGCAAUGUAACCACUGAAGUUCAAUUGGAACCUCAUGUAGAAGACAUUGGCAGCAGUUUUGAAUGCCGUGUGACACACAAGACUUUUCCAGAGCCAUACACUGUGACUGCUGCAGUGACUUUGAAAGAAGCAGAAAUUCGUCUGUCUACAAGAUCAAUAGUCGGAAGCGUCAUUGCAAGCAUUAUUAUCUCUGUAUUACUAAUAGCCGCAGGAAUUUUCCUUUACAUGCGGUACUAUUAUAAAGUUCCACCCAAGGUAUCAGAUAUUCAGUUGUCUCCUCGAAUUUUACACCAAGAACUUGCAAAGGUCACUUGCCAUGUGUCUGGAUUCCGACCUGAUGUUAUUAAUGUUGGCUGGUAUUUGAGGAGGCAGAAUGGCACUGAAGAGAAAUUCAUUGGUGAACACAAAAAAGGCCAGUUGGUGGCAUUAUUUGGCAAAGAAAAGAAGAUAAACGAAACAGGACAAAUGAGUGAAAUUGAGGGCAAAUGGAAAAUCAGCACAAUAACUUCUGAGAAAAAUAGUGACGGGACACACAGCCUUUCUUGCACUCUUGAAGUUUAUCCUGACAUAAUGGAAGAUAACAGAGCAGAAAUCAUAUGCAGAGUGAAACAUCCAGCUGGAUCGGAGGAGAAGUGCAUCCAAUUCUAUGUUAAUGGAAUUGCUCCUAAAUUGGCUAACAUAAUUCAACCUCCUGUUGUGCAUCAUAACAGAUCAGUAAUGCUGACAUGUCCAAUAAAUUUUUUCAAGCCACGUACUUUAACAAUCAAAUGGUAUGAAAAAAUAAAUGGGGUGAAAUCUCUUUUGCUGGAUUACAACACUGGAGAUGAAGUAAUUUCCUCUGUUGGCCGUUAUUCUCAUCGUGUGAAUGAGUUUAGUUAUCCUGACCACACUUACAGUGUCCACAGCAUAUUGUUCUUUAAUGCAACAAUCGAAGAAGAUGAUGGUAAAGAAUAUUGCUGUGAAGUGAAUCACAUGAGUUUAGAGCAUCCAGCAGAACAAUGGGCUAAACUGGAAGUAAAAGCACUUCCUUCGCUUAAUACCAUCCUGUGUGAACCAGUGAACCCUGAAAUGGACAAAGAGUUGACUCUCUCUUGCAAAGUGCAUUCAUUUUAUCCUAAAAGCAUUAUUGUCCAUUGGUUCAAAGAUAAGAAAGCUAUAAAGGAUGUUGAAACAUCUGAAAUAAUUGAGAAUCCUGACAAGUUGUAUGAAUUAACCACUACUUGCACAAUAAUUCCGACGUUAUCAGACAUAGAGAGUAAAUAUCAAUGUCAGGUUAAUCACGAGAGCCUUAUACAUCCAAGGUUUGUGGAAUAUAUUCCUGAAAAUUUAGUAUCUCCACCCAAAGUAAAUGAAAUUUCCUGCGAUCCUGUCAACCCUGAAAUUGGGAAAUCAUUGACUUUGGCCUGUGAAAUAAAUGAGUUUUAUCCAGAGGGUAUUCAAAUCGAUUGGUUCAGAGAUGACGUGAGAAUAACUGAAAUUACAAAAUAUGGAAUCAUUAACGAAGAAUUAUGGGAUGAACAUGGUCUCUACAACAAAGUCACCAAAUUAACCUUGACUCCAAGCACUGAUGAUCAUCAAGCUGAAUACAGAGUUGAAGUUUAUCAUUCAAAGUCUUCUUCCAAACCCCAGAAGCAAUGUUUCCAACUAUUUCUUGAAGGCUUACCAAAAUUUUCUGACUUCAAAAUGGAGCCAAAGAUUCCAUCGUAUGGGCAUCAUUUAUCUGUGUCUUAUUCAGUGCAUGAUCUUUUAAGUAAAAAUGUUACUUUUGAAUGGUACAAAGGAUCUGAGCCUGUAAAAGGAGGAAUAACCAACUCAGAUUUUGUGUGUACCCAUCAGAAGACUUACAGGGUAGAGAGUUGCCUUAAUUUUUUAGUGACUGCAGAAGACUUUGAAAAAGAUUUAAUCUUUCUGUGUAAAGACCAUUCUAAAGGUGAAGAAUUAAAAAGACUUAUCCAACUGCCCCUGAAAGCUAUACCUCCCAAAGUAUCAGAAAUCAAGUGUGACCCUGUUCAGCCCAAAAUGGGUGAAAAUGCCACUCUUACUUGCAGCAUUGAACAUUUUUGCCCAAUGGAUAUAGAUGUUGUGUGGAGCAAAGGAUGGAACGAAUACAUCAAACAGCAAAUAGUAGAACUGCCCAAAAUUAAUGAAAAAGGGCUGUACUCUACAAUUACAAAACUGCCAAUUGUCGUAACAGGAGAUUCAGAAGAUUAUGUUUGUGAAAUUCGACAUGCAAAGACCAAUGAUAUUGUUGAGAAGACAUUCAAAUUACAGAUUUAAGUCUGCUUUGUAAUUUCACUACCCUGUAAUGCUUUUAAUUUUACUACUCUGUGCAGAAUUAUUGCAACAAAUUGAGGCAGAGCCGAACUGUCUGAAUUUAUAUUAGAAGUUACUUGGAAGUAUUUUCAGUUUAAAAGUACAAUAUAAUUAUUAGAGUUAGCCAUUGUGGGCUUCAUCAAAUUUACAAAUCACCUCUAUUAUAAAGUUACUGCAGCUAACAGGUGCUGAUUACUUCAUGUACAUGGAGUGACAUGACAUACAGCAUACUUUUCAGGGCAGAACUAUGGUAAACCCAUAUUCUCAAGAAAAUUAGCCCAAUCCCACUUAAAAUAAUGAACUUUGAUAGCAGUAUUUUUUUAAAAUGUAUAACCUUGGAGCUUGGCAUGCCAGUUCCAAUGGCAAUUAAAAGUCAACUUGAUUUUUGUGGCCUGGAAUUGUUGUCGGCUGACCAGGUAAGGGCAGCAUAUUUUCUUCAGUGAAGGACAAUCUUGAGUCAGGUGGUUUUUUAUGGUGUCAAUUAAUUUCAUAAUCACUGUACCUAUGAUGCAUUUGAACAUUUUUCCAGAUUUUUAUCCAGGCUUUUGGAUUAUGAAUCCAGACAUUUAGCUACUGCUCCAUCUUUCCCAUUUUAUCCAGAUGUUUCACCAUAGGAAGUUAAACAGUUUUGAGAGAGAAUUAUCAUCAUUUAGUUGCAUUCAUAUCUUUUGGAGCCUAACUUGUGAUGUAGCAAAAUGUUGUCACAGAAAGUGCACAAUCUUGUAUUUUGCAGUGUAGUACACUGGUACAGUACAUAGACCUGCACCCCAGAGAGCUGAUUCAUUAUAGCAUUCUUGGCCCAGAAAAAAAAAUUAAAAAUUACUUAAAACAUAAAAAUAGAAUCUUAUUUCAGUGGUUGGUAAGCUGAUGGAGAAGAUCCUGAGAGGCAGGAUUUAUGAAUAUUUGGAGAGAUAUAAUAUGAUUAGGAAUAGUCAGCAUGGCUUUGUCAAGGGCAGGUCCUGCCUUACGAGCCUGAAUGAAUUUUUUGAGGAUGUGACUAAACACAUUGAUGACGGAAGAGCAGUAGAUGUAGUGUAUAUGGAUUUCAGCAAGGCAUUUGAUAAGGUACCCCUUAUCAUUAUGGGUUCAAGGCUUAUUGAGAAAGUAAGGAGGCAUAGGAUCCAAGGGGACAUUGCUUUGUGGAUCCAGAACUGGCUGGCCCACAGAAGGCAAAGAGUGGUUGUUGACGGGUCAUAUUCUGCAUGGAGGUCAGUGACCAGUGGUGUGCCUCAGGGAUCUGUUCUGGGACCCUUACUCUUCAUGAUUUUUAUAAAUGACCUGGAUGAGGAAGUGGAGGGAUGGGUUAGUAAGUUUGCUGAUGACACAAAGGUUGGAGGUGUUGUGGAUAGUGUGGAGGGCUGUCAGAGGUUACAGAGGGACAUAGAUAGGAUGCAAAACUGGGCUGAGAAGUGGCAGAUGGAGUUCAACUUAGAUAAGUGUGAAGUGGUUCAUUUUGGUAGGUCAAAUAUGAUGGCAGAAUAUAGUAUUAAUGGUAAGACUCUUCGCAAUGUGGAGGAUCAGAGGGAUCUUGGGGUCCGAGUCCAUAGGAUGCUCAAAGCGACUGCACGGGUUGACUCUGUGGUUAAGAAGGCAUACGGUGUAUUGUCCUUCAUCAAUCGUGGAAUUGAAUUUAGGACCCAAGAGGUAAUGCUGCAGCUAUAUAGGACUCUGGUCAGACCCCACUUGGAGUACUGUGCUCAGUUCUGGUCGCCUCACUACAGGAAGGAUGUGGAAGCCAUAGAAAGGGUGCAGAGGAGAUUUACAAGGAUGUUGCCUGGAUUGGGGAGCAUGCCUUAUGAAAACAGAUUGAGUGAACUCGGCCUUUUCUCCUUGGAGCGACGGAGAAUGUGGGGUGACCUGACAGAGGUAUAUAAGAUGAUGAGAGGCAUUGAUCAGGUAGAAAGUCAGAGGCUUUUUCCCAGGGCUUAAAUGGUUGCCACAAGAGGACACAGGUUUAAGGUGCUGGUGAGUAGGUACAGAGGAGAUGUCAGGGGUAAGUUUUUUAAUCAGAGAGUGGUGAGUUCGUGGAAUGGGCUGCCGGCAACGGCGGUGGAGGCGGAUACGAUAGGGUCGUUUAAGAGACUUUUGGAUAGGUACAUGGAGCUGAGAAAAAUAGAGGGCUAUGGGUAAGCCUAGUAAUUUCUAAGGUAGGGACAUGUUCGGCACAACUUUGUGGGCCUUAGGGCCUGAAUUGUGCUGUAAGUUUUCUAUGUUCUAUGUGCUAAAAUUAUUCAAACUUGCCAGCUUAACCAUUUACCGGUUUGCCAAUUGGGUUCACACAACUUGUUGAAGGUCCCAUUUGCUCUGCCCAUGAGAUUGCAUUGGCACAAAAGCUAGUUAGAUGUUCAGUCAAUGAGAUGCGGCACAUCAUUGUUGCUUGGCCAAUGAGAAUUAAGUAACAUAUCUCAUUGUGUUUACAAGUAAUUCACAUGCUCAGUAGCUCUAAAGGGAUUCUUGUUCAAGUACUUGAAUCCAUAAUGUCUGGAAAAGGAUUAGGAAGUGGUGGUGUGGAUGUUAUGUUAAAAGUAUUGAGAAGGAGCAUUAUCUUGGAUGUGAAAAUCCAAGUGUUGAAAGAGCUUGAAGUGAUGAGUACCAGAUGGACGUGGGGUAACAUUUCAGUUGUAUUAUAUUGACCAUUCAUUCAUUUUUAUUGAACACAGUCAAGCUUCUGGGAAGAUCACAAUUUCCUUUGGUGUCAUAAAGUUAACUCAUUCAAGGGUCAGUUACGUGGAGAGCAGGUUAUGUACUGUAUGUAGGUGAAACAUGCAUUUAGGCCAGCUUAUAAUCAAGGAGAAGGCCAGCAGAAGCUUUACCACCCAAAAGAAUCUUUAAUUGAUUAAAGCAUGCUGUAGAGGGAUCUGAGGCCUGUAUGAACAUGGGAUGCAACUGUGUAUCCCUUUACCCAAUCGAAAUGAAAAGUUGUUAGUGAACCUGGAGUUGCAAGUUAAAAUCAUGCACAGAAAACGAAACAAAAGUAUAGAAAGAGAAGAAAGGUAAGGAGAUUUAAAAAUCAAAGUUUGACCAAAAAGGCUAUUCUCUAACUUGCCAAUAAAAAUUUGAAGAAAUGAAAUUCCACACUGGAAAAGUUAACUUUCAGUGCUGGAAAGCUGAUGUGGCACAAAUUGGAAGAUAAUGUUAUCAUUCCAGAGGGGAUUAACUUUUUUUCCCUCACUUGUUUAAUUGUUAUCUGUCAUGUACAUGAUAUUAGUUUAACUUAUUUCUAUGUUGUCUUUCAGUAAUUUAGCAUAGUUCUGGAGGAAUGAGGAAAUUUGGAUUGCAGCUUUCUCUUCUUGAUGUUUAAAUGCCUGUACAAUUGCUGAUUUACAAUGAAUUGAAUAACAAUAA